AUGGUCGACCAGUCCGACGACCUCAACCAACUCCUUGACAGUGCUUUGGAUGAUUUCCAAACCCUCAACCUAAAUUCUUCCCUUCCAAGAACCGGAGAACAAAGUAGGAACACAAAAGAGUCUCCUUCUUUACCUUCAGGGGUUCAAGGAUUGGGAUUAGGGUUACCUGAUUUGAGAAGCAAGAGAAAAGGGAAACAGAAGGUUUCUAAAGAUGCUCAUGUUUCUGAGGCUCUUAAUAAGUUAAGGGAGCAAACUAAAGAGGCUGUUAAGGGUCUUGGAUUUGCAACCCCACCUGCUGGUGCUGAUGAUUUGGGUAAAGAUGGUAUGAUGGAGGAUUGGGUUAAACAGUUUGAAGAACUUGCUGGCUCUCAGGAUAUGGAAUCUAUUGUGGAGACCAUGAUGCAACAGCUUCUGUCCAAGGAGAUACUUGCUGAACCAAUGAAGGAAAUCGGAGAAAGGUAUCCUAAGUGGUUGGAAGAUCAUAAAGCCAGCUUAAGCCAAGAAGAAUAUGACCGGUAUUCACAGCAAUAUGGGCUGAUUCGGAAUCUUAACGAAGUUUAUGAAAAAGAUUCGGGAAACUUCACCAAGAUUGUUGAGCUCAUGCAGAAAAUGCAAGACUGUGGACAACCUCCAAAUGAUAUUGUCCAGGAGCUUGCUCCGGAUUUUGACUUAGCCAGUCUUGGCCAGUUAUCUCCAGAAAUGUCUGAUGGUUCUCAGCCAAAUUGUUCUAUAAUGUGA